AUGCAGCUCUUUGGGUAUUGGAUUGGGGUGCGCGGAUGGUCACUGCACGCUGCUCCUUCCUGAAGAUAGAGACAAGGAGGGAGCCAGCGGUUGGUGAAGUUGCCCCCCUCACCCAGCCCCCAUCUUCUUUCCUCUGCACCGGCACCCACCCGGCAGCAGCAGCGGCCAGUGGGCACUCACUACUAGUCACUGCCCGCUUCUCUCUCUCUCUCUCUCUCUCUCUCUCUCUCUCUCUCUCUCUCUCUCUCUGGUAAUUAUUAAUAAUAGAUAAAUAAAUAAAUAUGGCUACUUUGACUACUAUGCGGUCUCAGUCUGCCCAACUCUCUCUCUCUCUCUCUCUCUCUCUGUGUCUGGAGUGGAGAAUAAUGAGGGGAGUAGUCAACUAAAAGCGGCUCUCGCUCCUGCCCUGCGGUCGAUUGAUCGAUCGUCGAUUUGUGCUAGCUGCUUCUACUUACAUCUAUCUCUCCCCGCCCCCUGACUCGAGUUGAGUACAACAUAAGACAAUAUUACAGUAAUUGAAUGAAGAUGAUGUUGUUAGAUAGUGACGGGAUGGAAGAUUAUUUGGACCCAGAGAAAGUGAUAGAUGAGUUCGAGUCAAUGACUAAAGACUCGAAAAGAGUCCAGGAAGAAACCUUGAAGAGGAUUCUGCAAGAGAACUCCCAGGCAGAAUACUUGCAGAAUUUGGGCCUUAAUGGAAGAACGGAUCUUGAGAGCUUCAAGGCUCGUGUCCCCCUCGUUACUCACAAGGAUCUGGAGCCUUUUAUUCACCGAAUCGCAGACGGUGAUACUUCCCCAAUUCUUACUGGACAACCCAUCACUACCAUAUCAUUAAGUUCUGGUACUACACAAGGAAAGCCAAAAUUUGUCCCCUUCAACGAUGCGCUGGUCGAGUCCACUAUGCAGAUAUAUCGAACGUCCUUUGCAUACCGAAAUAGAGAAUACCCUAUCGGGAGUGGGAAGGCACUGCAAUUCGUGUAUAGCAGCAAGCAGUUCAAGACAAAAGGCGGCCUUGCGGCUGGAACUGCCACGACCAAUGUGUUCCGGAGCUCACAGUACAAAAGAACGAUGAAGGCGAUGCGUUCCCAGUGUUGUAGUCCAGACGAGGUUAUAUUUGGUCCUGAUUUCCACCAGUCCUUGUACUGCCACCUACUGUGCGGCCUUAUCUUCCACGAGGAAGUCAAGUUCGUGUCUUCCACUUUUGCUCACAGCAUCAUCCAUGCCUUUCGGACCUUCGAACAAGUCUGGGAGGAGCUGCUCACCGAUAUAAAGGAAGGGGUUCUCACAAGUCGAGUUACUGUCCCUUCUAUUAGAACAGCUAUGGCAAAACUUCUAAAGCCGAACCAUGAACUUGCUGAUCUGAUAUUCAGGAAAUGUUCUGGGUUGAGAAAUUGGUAUGGCCUGAUACCCGUGCUGUUUCCGAAUUGCAAGUACAUCUAUGGGGUCAUGACCGGGUCUAUGGAGCCUUAUUUGAAGAAGUUGAGGCACUAUGCUGCGGAUUUGCCUCUAAUAAGUGGAGACUAUGGAUCUUCUGAAGGAUGGAUUGGUGCAAAUGUGAACCCAAAGUUGCCGCCCGAGUUAGCUACUUAUGCUGUCCUGCCUAACAUAGGCUAUUUCGAGUUUAUUCCAGUAAGGGGUACUGAAUUUUUUUCUGGCUCAGACAAGAUUGAGUCAACUUUGCUGUGUGUUGAGCCCACGCCAAUUGGUCUAACUGAAGUCCAGCUCGGAAUAGAGUAUGAAAUCAUUGUCACGAAUUUCGCAGGAUUGUACCGAUAUCGACUAGGAGAUGUCGUGAAGGUAGUGGGAUUCCACAACUCAACCCCGGAGCUCCAAUUCAUAUGCAGGAGAAAUCUCUUGCUCACCAUCAACAUAGACAAGAACACAGAGAAAGACCUUCAGCUAGCAGUUGAAGCUGCGGCGAAGCCCUUAGCCAGGGAAAGGCUGGAGGUGGUAGAAUUCACGAGCCAAGUGGAUUUAUCAUCAGAACCGGGGCAUUACGUGAUAUUCUGGGAAAUGAAUGGAGAAGCGGGCGAGGAGGUAAUAAGGGAAUGCUGCAACUGCUUGGACCGAUCGUUCAUAGAUGCGGGGUACGUGAGUUCGCGAAAAGUCGGGGGAAUAGGGGCCCUUGAGCUACGGGUGGUCAAGAGAGGUACAUUCCAGAAGAUUCUGGACCAUUACUUGGGACUAGGAGGUGCUGUUAGUCAAUUCAAGACACCACGGUGUAUAGGGCCCGCGAAUGGCGUAGUGUUGCAGAUUCUUAGCAGCAAUGUUGUUGGGAGUUACUUUAGUACAGCUUUUUAAGUGGAUAAUAAUGAUGAUGAUGAUGAUGAUUAAUAAUAGUACAAUGAGAAGAGGGGAGGAAGAAAGUGCAAAUUUUCGAUUAAUAAAGUCUUUAUGUAUCAAUUUUAGUGGAAAAGAUAAUAAUUUAAUGAUGCAUAGUUAUUAUUGUUGACGCGGUC